AUAUUCUCCCUUCUUUUUUUUCCUUUUUUUUUAAAAAAAAAGAAUAUUAAUUUUUACUAUUAUUUUCUUAUUUAAUCAAUACAAUAAUUAACGAAUUACACGCUACUCCAUAUAUAAAUAUGUCUGAAAAUAUCAAAAACGAAUGGAUUGACUGGAUAGAAGAAGCUAUAACCAAAGAAUAUUUUAAAUAUUACGAUUAUUCACAAUUUAGUGAUGUUAGUGUAAUCGGGACUGGAGGAUUUGGGAAAGUUUAUCGUGCAAAUUGGAAAAAUUCAAAAUAUUUAGCGUUAAAAUCUUUUUCGAAUUUUAACAAUGCUACUGCCAAAGAAGUUGUUCAUGAGGUAAAAUUACAACGUGACGUUGAUUUUCAUAAUAAUAUAAUCAGCUUUUACGGAAUAACAGCGGAUGAGAACAAAAAAUAUUUAUUUGUUUUAGAAUAUGCUGACGGAGGUACGCUUAAACAAUAUUUGAAAAAAUAUCUUAAUAACCUCACCUGGGAUAAUAAAUUUAACUUGGCAUAUCAACUUGCGAGUGCUGUUUCAUGUUUGCAUAAUGAAGGAAUUGUGCACCGUGAUUUGCACUCCGGUAAUGUGUUGGUUCAUCAAAAUAACAUCAAGUUGGCAGAUUUUGGUUUAUCAAAAAGAUUAGGUGAUGCAACAACACAAUCAACAUUCUUUGGCGUAAUACCGUAUAUUGAUCCCACAAGGUUUAGUAAAAGAAAAAAUAGUACCGACCCAAUAAUAGUAUAUACGUUAAAUAAAAUGAGCGAUGUUUAUAGCGUUGGCGUAUUAUUAUGGGAGAUAUCUAGUUAUAGACCUCCUUUUUAUACUGAAGGUGAAAGUUAUGACGUUAGUUUGGUCGUUGAAAUCUCACAAGGUCAUAGAGAAACGGUUGUUCCUAAUACUCCCGAAGAAUAUUCAAAACUUUAUAUUGAAUGUUGGGACGGUGAACCGUGUAAUCGUCCAACGAUAAACCAAGUGGUCGAAAGGUUAAAAACGAUUCUUAUGAAAUCAAUUAUAUUAAAAACAAACUCGAUAGCUGGGAAUUGUUUUUCACUACCAGAGUUUGAAAUGAAUUUUCUUAUAGAAGACAAUUCAAGUAUUGAUAAUAUUAGUCAUAAUUCUUUAAAUUCAUUACACGGUCAAAUCUCACAAAUAAUUAAUAAUUUUGAUGCAAUGAAUACUCAAGAAAUAAUUGAUACUUUGGCAACAGAUUUAGAAUUAGUCGCUAAUAAAUUAGAAUCAUUUAUAUUUAAAAUAACAAAUGAGGGGAAAAAUACCUUAGGUUUGAGGAAGCAAUAUAUUUUUGAUUAUCUUAGUAAGAAUGAAUUAAGUAAAGGCGCCGUACCGGUCACGAUCGCUCCUGAGGAAUUGUUUAAAUGGUUAUUAUGCCAUCAAAAUAAACCAACCUAUAUUUUUUUACUUGGAUAUUUUUAUUAUUUAGGAAUUGAAACUAAUAUUAAUCAUAAGAAAUCAUUUGAUUUAUUCUUCGAUGCAUCGGAAAGUAUGCAUGUUUUAUCACAAUAUUUCGUUGGAGAAUGUUACCAACUUGGAAAUGGAGUCGAAAAAAAAGAAAAGAUCGCUUUCGAACAUUUUAAAAGAGUAGCAAAGAAAGGUCAUGCGAUGGGACAAUUAAAGUUGGGUACCAUUUAUGAUAAGGGAAUACCAGGUAUUAGAAAAAAUUCAAGGAAGGCCGCUAAUUGGUAUGAAAAAGCUGCGGAUAAUGGAAAUAAUUUGGCUAAAUAUAAUUUGGCUUUUAUGUACAAAGAUGGAACAGGUGUUUGUAAAAAUUAUAAAAAAGCUUUUAGCUUAUUUAAACAAUCAGCCGAAAAUGGAGAUCCUGAUGGUAUGUCAAUGUUAGGAUAUUGUUAUAAUAAUGGAGUUGGAACGCCUAUUGAUAAAAUGAAAGCAUUUGAAUCAUAUCAAAAAGCCGUAAAAUUAGGAAAUAUAUCAGCUCAAUAUAAUCUUGCUUUAAUGUAUGAAGCGGGUGAAGGGAUUGAAAAGGAUAUUGAUGAAGCAAUUUAUUGGUAUAAGAAGGCUUCUGAACAAGGUGAUAGGGAUGCUGAAAAUAGAUUGAAAUUGCUUGAAGAAAUUAAGAAGGAAGAUGAGAUGAUACUGUUUAAAGGGAAUUUUCAUAAUUCAAAAUUAUUUGUGUAAUAUUAUUUUUUUUUUUAUUUUGUAAAAAAUAUUAUAUAUAUAAAUAAAAAUUGUAUAUCAUUUAAUAUGU